CAGGCUGCUGCAGAUCCCCCGAGAGCUUUGUGAACUCCUUCACAAACGCUGCACACCCGCCUCCCGCAGCACACAGCCAACCACAGCUGAGCGACAGCCAACAAGAGCCAAUCACAAGGCACCUCCGAAAGCUCCAGGAUGCAGAUGUCUUCAGCCCUGGCUUGCCUCACCCUGGGCCUGGUUCUGGUCUUUGGGAAAGGGUUCGCUUCACCCCUUCCAGAGUCCAACACAGCCCAGCAGGCCACCGACUUCGGAGUAAAAGUGUUUCAGCAUGUGGUCCAGGCCUCCAAAGACCGAAAUGUGGUCUUCUCUCCCUACGGCGUGUCCUCGGUGCUAGCUAUGCUGCAGCUGACCACAGCAGGGAAAACCCGGCAGCAGAUCCAAGAUGCUAUGGGAUUCAAUAUCAGUGAGAAGGGCACGGCUCCUGCCCUCCGCAAGCUCUCCAAGGAGCUCAUGGGAUCAUGGAACAAGAAUGAGAUCAGUACUGCGGACGCCAUCUUUGUCCAGCGGGACCUAGAGCUGGUCCAGGGCUUCAUGCCCCACUUCUUCAAGCUCUUCCGGACCACGGUGAAGCAGGUGGACUUCUCAGAGGUGGAAAGAGCCAGAUUCAUCAUCAACGACUGGGUGGAGAGGCACACCAAAGGUAUGAUCAGUGACUUACUGGCCAAGGGGGCCGUAGACGAGCUGACACGCCUGGUGCUGGUGAACGCCCUCUAUUUCAACGGCCAAUGGAAGACCCCCUUCUUAGAGGCCAGCACCCACCAGCGCCUGUUCCACAAGUCUGAUGGUAGCACCGUCUCCGUGCCCAUGAUGGCUCAGAACAACAAGUUCAACUACACCGAGUUCACCACUCCGGAUGGGCACGAGUACGACAUCCUGGAACUGCCCUACCACGGCGAAACCCUCAGCAUGUUCAUUGCAGCACCCUUUGAAAAAGAUGUGCCCCUCUCUGCCAUCACCAACAUUUUGGACGCUGAGCUCAUCAGACAAUGGAAGAGCAACAUGACCAGGCUGCCCCGCCUCCUCAUCCUGCCUAAGUUCUCUCUGGAGACUGAAGUGGACCUCAGAGGGCCCCUGGAGAAGCUGGGCAUGACUGACAUCUUCAGCUCAACCCAGGCCGACUUCUCAAGUCUUUCCGACCAAGAGCAGCUCUCUGUAGCACAAGCACUACAAAAGGUCAAGAUCGAGGUGAACGAGAGCGGCACAGUGGCGUCUUCCUCCACAGCCAUUCUAGUCUCAGCCCGCAUGGCCCCCACGGAGAUAGUUUUAGACCGAUCCUUUCUCUUUGUGGUUCGGCACAAUCCAACAGAGACAAUCCUCUUCAUGGGCCAGCUGAUGGAGCCUUGAGAGUGGGACGAGAAGCCUUCCUUUGGGACAAAACUGGACGUGUUAUAAGCAGAGACUCUGAAGAAAAGAAUUGUUUUAAGGACUCUUUGGGGAGAAAGAGAAGGCCUUUCUUUCUUACCCCCGCACUGGUAAAUCUUUCCAACCAGCCUCCCAGACCUCAGACUCUCGAAGAGGAAAGAGUCUAACUCCCUCACUAGGGACCUAUCUUACUAAGGAUAAGGAUAAGUUCCAACCAUAGAACUCAGAGAAUCUGGAUCUGCCCAGUAUUCAGUCUUUGGACCCGGUUCCCACCAAGGCCCCAGCAGGGCCAAGCCACUACGCCUUCACUCAGCAAAGUCUUUUGUGUUCCAGUCACACUCUGGGUACCUCUUGUAUCAUCCUCCAUUGCUGUGAAGGGUGGCCCAGGCCAAAGGAAGAAGCACUGUCCUAUCUCAAGGUCCACUGUGGAAAUGAACACCUUGCCCAUCUCCAAGGGGCAGCAGAUAGACAGAUCAAAUGAUCGCCCGAUGUCAAGCCUUCUCCCAGCCCCCGUCCUGCCCUCCCUUCCCUGACAGAGCACGCUUGUGUUAUUUCAGAGUGUAGAUGACUUGUUUACAGCUUUUUUCGACCCACAAACUUUUCUCAUUUUGAAAGCGUGAAAGAAAGGUUAGACGUGCGCAUGCCUUGCUCUUUAUCCUGGGUCUCCCUGUGAGGGGGGAGGGGUCCUGGGGAGAUUCCAGGGGUGUGAUUGAAUAUUUAUCUUGUUUAUCUUAUAUGUUUGUUGGGGAGAAGAAGCACUAUUAAGGAGAAAGCCUUUUAUUUAAACCAUGGCAUAUGGUGUCCCAUUUGGGGUCUGUAUCCCUGUAUGUCAGGGAGGCAUCACUCCACAAACCCGCCCCUCCGGGUGGCCCGGCGUUGGGGCUCGCACUGCCGCCUAGUGGCAGCCGAACACGCCCUUGCCCCAUCCCUCCCCCGCAUCCUCCCCCGUGGCUCUUUUCCUUAGGGAUCUUGCCAAGGUGAUGCUUGGCAGCCCACGGUAAAGGAAGGGGGGAAGAAGAUUAGGUGGAAGAGAGAGAGAGAGAGAUUUGAGAGAGGGCAAAGUGGUUUCAAAUUUUUCCAAUACAUUCAGAAGCCGAGUGGGAAAGGGGGCUGUGUGACCUAACAGGACAGAACUUUCUCCAAUUACUGGGUGACUCAGCUGCACUGGUGACUCACUUCAAUGUGUCAUUUCCGGCUGCUGUAAGUGAGCAGUGGACACGUGGGGGGGGUGAGGAUGAAAGAAACAGCCAGCUCCUGGUCAACCACCUUAGUUAGAUAAUCUUUUUUGAAAGCUUCCUAGCUGGGGGUAUGAUCAGAAAACCAAUUUACUGAAAAACUGCACAGGAAGGUAACGUGAAUCUAAUUUCAUAGCGGGCCGCUCUGCAUCCGUUACAUCUCCACCGGAAAAAAAUAAUCUUUUUUUUUUUUUUUUUUUGGUGUUUUAGCUUUUCUCUCUCCCUCUUUCUCUCUCGUUUCAUUAUGCACUGGACAACCAUACACCGUGUACCCACAGGGGCCCCAAAUGUGGGGUCACAUGGUCUUGAAUUUUGUGGGGUACAUAUGCCUUUGUUUGUUUGUUUUCACUUUUGAUAUAUAAACAGGUAAAUAUGUUUUUAAAAAAUAAUAAAAAUAGAGAAUAUGCAAACAAAA